GUCAUUAUCCUUUGCAAAAAAAUCCCUCACCUUUCUUCUGCUUAUUUAUAUAAAAAUAGUCCAAAUAUUUAUUAUUAUUUAUUAUUACCCUGAAAAAUGCAGAUAUGUAUAAAUUGUAUAACUUCUUCAUCGUUAACUCGAUUUCAUUUUUCAUCGUAAUCCAGUUAAACGAGAACGAAGAGAAUUUGUUGGAUUGCGAACCUCUGCUUUUCUAAUUCAGCUUUUCCCCCCUCUGUAGAAGUCUUAGUUAGGUCUGAGAGGCGCGAUUAGGAUUCCUCGUUGAACAAAUUGGAUCGCAGAGGCAAAUUUAUCAGAGGAAAAAUGAAGGGGAGCAGGGAUUUUAUAGAAUGGUUAGGGCAGGACAUGUCGCUGAAGAUCUUCAUGUGUUUGGAGGACCCUUCCGAUCUCGUCCGCACGAGUGCCGUUUCGAGUUCCUGGCGUCAGUUUGUGAUUGCCAACGCCUUAUGUAAGAAACUUUGUCUACGGAAGUUUCCCGAGGCAUCAAGCUUUGCUCGUGUUGUCGAAAUAAAAAACACGGCCGAAUCUGUGUCAACUUCGACGAGAGAUGAUUCUGCAAAAUCGGCCUGUCUGGAGAGGGAACACAGAGUUUAUGCAUCAUUAAGUAGAGUACUCACCACUUCGACAGUAGAAAAUUGCAUAUCUGGUGCUAUAUGUGCAUCGAGCACUGAUAAUUAUCCAGAAGAGAGCAUCAAGAACACACUGGAACCAAGUGAUAGGGUUGACCACAGAGCGUCGUAUUGGUCAAGCAAGGGCGAAAGGAAUCCUUCUGCUGGAGAGACGUUGAUUUAUAAAUUGGCUUCAAAUCUGUGCCUGAUCACUGAGUUACAUGUGCAUCCAUUUCAAGCGUAUUUUCAGUUCGGCUUCCCUAUAUAUUCUGCCAAGGCUGUAAGAUUUCAGAUUGGCCACCCCAGAGUUCCUCCGAAGAUAGAAAGUGACGAGAGAGAUGAACUUCUCGAUUUUCAGAAUUUUGCUGAUGAGAAAUUUGUAUGGACGUACAAGUCCCCAGAAUUCCCAAUGGUUCAGGAUAACUGCUUGCAAAAGUUUAAGCUACCAGAACCUGUUCUUAGCAUAGGAGGAGUCUUGAAAGUGGAACUAUUGGGCAGAACACAGACUCAGGAAAUGGAUGGACUAUACUAUAUAUGCAUCAACCAUGUUCAAGUUGUUGGAAGUCCACUAUCUCCAGCAUUUGAUGUAGAGAUGAUCGAUGAAAGGGGAAAAUGCACGUUGAAGUACCACCCUGGAAGUAUCUGCAAAUCUUCGACUUCAGAAGUGGAGUCACACAGGUUUAUUGAAAGUAUAAGGACUUGGGAGCAAAUAAUACUUAAUACGUUUCGUGGGGCGGGACCAAUGAUCAUAGACGAUAAUGAUUCUGAUUACGAAUACCUUGAUUAGAUCCUCCAAUCCUCCCAGUUUUCUCCGAGUGGUCACCAAUUUCUUCCUCCCUUCCAAGUAAUUUUUUUUUGUAUUUCAUACAAGUUAAGCCGGAUUGUGCUAGUAAAGGAUACUUCAAGAUAGAACUCUAAUUGGCCGUUUGUAACUGGAUUGAUUUUUUCUUUAAAUUUCUCCAGUCCAUUUGACUAAAAUCUUCUGUCAGUGUCAUCAUCAUCACGAAUAAUGUAAUUUGUAAAAUAAUUUGUUAAAACAAAAUCAUAACAAUAGACAACUAAUUUAUAUUGGAUGGGCUUUCUCCAA